AUGGAUCAGUCAACUUCAAAUCAAGAUCUGGCUUCAGGCUUUCGAUACAUAUCUCCACGGAAAAGAAAACAUGAAGGUUCGCUCGCCACCGUUAAGAACACACGCGCGAAAACAACCCCAAAAUCGGGAAAGACGAAAAAUGCCGUUGGUCUAACUGGCGACGCCUCUCCCAUUAUCUCAACCACAAAGGGCAAAUCUCCGAGAGUCAAGAAGGUGUCAUCUGCUCCCACUGAGGAACGUCGAUUGAGGAGGUUUCGCAGCGCCCCUCCAAAGAGUUAUCGUGAACGCUUAGAUCGUGCAAUUAGCCAGCGCAUGUUCGUGGUUGGACAGGCCAUUGCCGGCACGGACGAGAACCGUGAACUGGAGUUCGAUAUCGUCGGGUCAACUGGUAACAUCUACAAGACGGUGAUCAGGAAGGAGCCGGCCUGCAGUUGCCCAGAUGCGAGGAAUGGCAACCAAUGCAAGCAUAUUUGUUACGUCCUAGCGAAGGUCCUGAAGGCCCCCGCCGAGCUACAGUACCAACUUGCUUUCCUCUCUUCCGAAAUCCGCGAGAUCUACGACAACUCCCCGCUCCGCAAUGUGAAAGACAAGGCCGAAGACCAUGAAACAGAUGGCAAUCGCAAGCCUGUAGAAGGAGAGUGCCCAAUAUGCUUUAUGGAGUUCAAUCCAAGCGAGGAAGAAAUCGUUUGGUGCCGGGCGGCCUGCGGCAACAACAUUCACAAGACCUGUUUUCAGCAAUGGGCGGCGACGCAAAAUUCCCAGGGCAUCCGCUGUGUUUAUUGUCGCUCGCCCUGGCAAAACCAAGAUGUCGAUUGCAAACCUGACAUGAGCUUGGAACAACUCGUGGGCGAGGGUCAAGUCGGAGAAGACGGGUAUGUCAAUGUGGCAAGACAAGUAGGCUUAUCUGGUGAACGUGACUAUUCAAGCUAUCAUCAGUACUGGGUGCGCCGGCAUUUAUCUUAUUCUGGCUGGCGUGAGUACGAUGACGAGCUGGAAGAGGAAGUGGAUUGA